AUUACCCUCCCACUCUCUCUCUCUCUCUCCAGGUUCACAUGCACUCCUUUGAUCCCACUCUACCACAAGCACAAGCACAAGCACAAGCACAAGCACAAGCACAGACAACACACUCUCUUCCCUCUUCCUAUUUUCUAUCCAUUAAAAAAAAGGUCCCUCUCUGUCUCCCUUUUGUUCACGUGCACUCACUCCUCUCUCUUUGCGCAAUGACAAAUCCUCAUUUCAUUUAUGUUCUCUCUGUCCCGAAUGAUCUCCAAUCCAAACCAAAUCCAGCCGUUGGAUUCCCUAAAGCCGCCUCCUCCUCCUCCUCCUCCUCCCUUUACUUUGUUGUUUUCUUCUCAGUGAAUAUAUCAAUGUGACUAGCUCAUAUUCUCUUGUCUUUAAUGGCGGCAAUCAACCAAGAAUCCAGCGGUGAGAAUGGGGUGGUUAGCAGGAGAGAUAUCGAAGCCGCCAUGGCGAAAGCUGUGGAGCUCAGAGCUCUUCAUGCUUCGCUGUUGCAGGGGAAGUCUUCCCCUCUCUCCCGCCAUGCUACCUACUUUUCUGCUCAAGAUUACCCUGUUUUUACCCCGAGCUACGAAGACGAAGCACUUGAAGGGUAUGGGCAAAGUCUUCCGGAGAGCUGGAAGGAAUACAACUUGGACGCCAGAAACCACAACCAACCCAUCCCAUCAGAUUACAGAACUGCAAAUGCUUCUUCAAGGAAAGCCUAUAUUCGCGGAGCCAACGACGAUAACUCCAUCGUAUGUUCUCAUUCCAACAUUGUCGCUCUACCCGACCACUCCAAGUCUAGGAGGACCAGUCUAGGCGACAUCGAAUCCGUCUCAUCUUGCAACAAAUUCAAGCCGCCAGCCUCAGACGACGUGGACGGCCCGAUGAAGAGCAGCCGGAAGUCCAACAUCGUCGUGCCACUGACAGACUCCCACUCGUCCCUCCACCAGAACCCCAAGCACAAAGGCCUCAGCCUGUCCUGGCUGUUUCUUAAGCUCAAGAAGAAGACCUCGCCCGUGCUGUCCCAGCCCGAGGAGGUCUCCCAAAUGCUCAGCGACUUGGGCGUCCUGUCGAUGGAGGCGUUGAGGAGAGAGCUAGACGAGGCGCAAGAGAGGAGAGACGCAGCCCUGGUUGAGGCAGCGGAGAUGAAGAGAUCGCUUGGGGAACUCGGGCAGAAGCUCGAGUAUUUAGAGACCUAUUGCGAGGAAAUGAAGAAGGCCUUGAGACAGGCUAAGCCUGGUGAGAAAGAGAAACUUGUGACGCUUCCGAACAUAGAGAGUACAAUGCCGGUGAGCGGAGAGGUGAUGGUGGAGGGGUUCUUGCAGAUGGUGUCCGAGGCGAGGCUCUCGGUGAAGCAGUUCUGCAAGGCCCUCCUUACACAGAUUGAGGAAACAGAUCGCACUGUGCUUGAAAGUCUAAACUCGAAGGUCUCGGUAAACGCGAAAUACUCCAAAGCGGUUGUGUACCAUUUGGAGGCCAUCGUAAACCUGUCGAUGUACCAGGACUUCGAGAACUGUGUGUUCCAGAAAAACGGAGCGCCAAAGCUCUUGGAGCGGCAGCAGGAAUGCCAGGCGCGUUUCCAGCUGUUCGUGGCGCUGAGGAAUUUGAGCUGGAACGAAGUUUUGAGGAAGGGGACGAAGUAUUAUAGUGACGAGUUUAGUGGAUUUUGUGAUAAGAAGAUGAGUGGGAUAAUAGUGGCGUUGGGGUGGAUGAGGCCGUGGCCGGAGCAGCUGCUUCAGGCGUUCUUCGUGGCUGCUAAGUGCAUCUGGCUGCUCCAUCUGCUUGCGUUCUCGUUCAAUCCGGCGGUGGGGAUUCUGAGAGUGGAGGAGAACAGGGCGUUCGAGGCGAGGUUCAUGGAAGAUGUGUUCGGGACAGUGACGGAACCAGGAUUUUGAAUAAGCCGGUGCUGAUUUUUUUUUAAAAAAAAUCGUCUAAAAUAUUCUAUUUUAUGUAUAAUAUCAGAACAAAUGUUUGAAAUAAAAUUAUUUUCUCGUGUGAAA